CAUUUAAAUCUCCCAGUGAAUUUUACCGCCUGCUACUGGUGGCACUGAGUGAACUCCAGCGUCCUGCCUCCAGUUUUCACAAGUUUCUGAGAAGUUGAGACGUGUGUACAGCUUCAUUCUCGGGCAGAGACGUUUGGACACUAACAUGUCUUCUAAUACAAACCUGCCGAGCAUGAAGAGAACUGUGGAGCAGCUCAGGGUCGAGGCGAGUGUGGAGCGCAUUAAAGUGUCUGAAGCGGCAAAAGAGCUGCUGCAUUACUGCCUUCAAAAUGCCACUAAAGACGCCCUCCUGGUUGGUGUUCCAGCGGGCAGCAACCCCUUCCGAGAACCUCGUUCAUGUUCCAUUUUUUAGGCACAAGGACUCGUGUUGGUGGACUCCUGGAAAUGUGUCACUAUGCAAGGACAGAGUCUGAUGUGUUUUAAAUAAACAAUGUAUAUUUAUUAAUGAAUUUAUGUGGAAAAUACAUGUUACAACAAAUAGUUCAUGCUGUAUGGUGUGAUCUGAACAUGUUCUGAAAUCUGAGAAGUUAAAAGAGUUAAAAUAUUAGGCCACGUACAGCUAAUUUUUUUUUCAUUUUUUUUUUUUCAGUUUAUUAAAAAUGUAUUUUUUUAAUUCUUGGAUUUUUUCCUAGACAUGUCACACAAGACCAGUUUUAAUCCCUCACUAAGUUGGAUAUAAAUUAUUCUGAGAUUAAGCUACUACUCUUAAGAUUUUCUUAAACUUCCCGCUUUUUAGUGCCAGAGUGGUGUUAUCCACAGAUAAAUGUCUUAAACUUUAUUUAACAACCUAAAUAUUAAAAAGGUACUCCAGAAAUAUGCUUACCAUUUAAUUUAGCUUUUUUGAAAGUGUUGUAAGGCUCUAUCUUUUAUGAAACAUGAUACGUACCUGAUUAUUGUGUUUUUUGGUGUUAGAACUUUCAUUAAUGGCUCUAAAAGUCAGACAUUUCAUUGUUCAAAUGGCAUUAAAUGUUUUGAAAGGAAAAGAACUUGUAAAUAAACAAAGAUGUGAUGACUUCUAAUGUAUUCACCACUUCUGUUGUUCUAGUACAUUCUAGGGAAAUACACUCAAGAUUUGACAAUCCAAACACUUGAUGCUUUAACAGUGCUCUCAUUAAACCGUUUAAACCCUUCCUCAGACACUUUAGCUAAUGGGAGCUUUUAAGUGAAAGGAAGUCAGUGGUUUCCUGAUGCUAAUCAUGAACUGGCUAAUCUACAAACUGAAAGCUAAUGGACAUGUGUGGAGAUGAGGUCCAUAAAGGCUUGUUAGAAUACACCACAUGCCCACCCAUGCCAGUCUUUUUAAUCCGUCUUAGAGCAUCAACAGUCAAACAAAACAUGAAAUCUUUUAUGGUAGGUCUGUAGCCUAGCCCACUCACUUUUGGAAGUGUUCGGUUGAAGUAAUUGCUGUUUAAUGUGGCAUGUAUAGAUGUAGCAUAAUCUUUUUAAUUCAAUAAAUAGAAAAAUCAAUAA